AUGUCGGCUUUGAAGAAGCGGAAGCUGGCUCACGCAGCUCGGCCAGAUCCCACUGAGAGCGACCCCGAAUCCUCCAGUUCAGCAACCUCGCAACAAUCGCAAGCAUCAGGAGUCCAUGAACAAGAUGACAAAAUCCCACAGGAACAGCAAGAUGAGGCUGUGACGAAGUCUUUCAAAGAUCUAGGCAUUAUUGAUUCAUUAUGUGAAGCAUGUGAAACUUUAGGCUACAAAUCACCUACUCCCAUCCAAGCAGAGUCAAUCCCGCUCGCCCUCCAGGGGCGGGAUCUUAUCGGCCUGGCGGAGACGGGAAGCGGGAAGACGGCCGCAUUUGCCUUGCCAAUUCUACAAGCUCUAAUGGAGAAGCCACAAUCCCUAUUCGGUCUCAUACUGGCACCCACACGAGAACUAGCCUACCAAAUAUCAGGAGCCUUCGAGGCGCUUGGCUCUCUGAUCUCGGUCCGGUGCGCUGUCAUAGUUGGCGGAAUGGACAUGGUUCCUCAAGCAAUCGCGCUGGGGAAGAAACCUCACAUCGUCGUCGCGACACCAGGCCGUCUCCUUGACCACCUCGAAAACACUAAGGGCUUCUCCCUCCGCAACCUCAAAUAUCUCGUGAUGGACGAAGCCGACAGGCUCCUCGACCUCGACUUCGGCCCUAUACUCGACAAAAUCCUCAAAGUACUCCCUCGCGAACGCCGCACAUACCUCUUCUCCGCAACCAUGAGCUCAAAAGUCGAAUCCCUCCAGCGCGCCUCCCUCUCCAGUGGGCUCCGCACUCUACCUCGUCUAUCUCUCAACGAAUACGCCGGCCAAUCCGCCAUCGUCUUCACACGGACCGUCAAUGAAACCCAACGCCUCGCUAUCCUACUCCGCGCUCUCGGCUUCGGCGCCAUCCCGCUCCACGGCCAGCUCUCCCAGUCCUCCCGCCUAGGCGCUCUUAGCAAAUUCCGCUCGCGCAGUCGCGAUAUCCUUGUCGCCACGGACGUCGCCGCGCGCGGCCUUGACAUCCCCUCCGUCGACGUGGUUCUCAACUUCGACCUACCCCCGGACAGCAAGACGUAUAUCCAUCGCGUAGGCCGGACCGCGCGAGCGGGCAAGAGCGGACAUGCCUUUAACAUUGUGACGCAGUACGACCUUGAGGUGUGGCUGCGGAUUGAAAAUGCGCUGGGCAAGAAAUUGGAGGAGUAUAAAGUUGAGAAAGAGGAGGUGAUGGUGCUGAGUGAUAGGGUGGGCGAGGCGCAGCGACAUGCGAUUACGGAGAUGAAGGAUUUACAUGAGAAGAGGGGGUCGAGGGGUGCUACAUUGAGGGGAAGAAGGCCGGCGAAGGGCGCCAAGAGAGGAAGGGAUGAAAUGGAUCGCGAGGAAGGGUAG